AUGCGGCUUUUGACUGCUUCCAAAGGGCUUCGGUCCCCUCAGAAACCCUUGAUCUCGGCAAUUAGAUGUCAACAUCGCUCUUACAAUGCCGCCGUCAUUGGUGGCGGCAUUACGGGCCUCACAGCCGCCUGGCAGCUCAUCCAGGACCGAGAAUGCUCCUCUGUUACCAUUUAUGAAAAGUCACGUCGCUUGGGAGGAUGGUUACAGUCGGAAACGAUACCUGUGGAAGGGGGCGAGGUGGUUUUUGAAUAUGGGCCUCGGACUUUGAGGAGUGCGAUGCCGGCUUCGCUUCCCUUGCUGUAUCUGGUGUCCAAUCUUGGUCUUUUCGAUGAACUCAUCACGACAUCCAAGCGUAGUCCCGCCGCGCUGAAUCGGUACAUCUACUAUCCGGAUCACUUGGUGCGACUGCCCACGCCAGACCCCGAUCUCUCAUUGAUGGAGAAUGCGCGAAACAUCUUCAGGACGAUUACCACGGAACCUCUCUUCGAGGGUUUUAUCACAGGUCUACUGUCAGAGCCGAAUAAACCCGCCAGACCGCAAGAAGAAUGGGCGAUAGACGAGAGUCUUGCUGAGUUUAUCACCCGGCGCUUCAAUCGCAAGAUUGCGGACAAUCUCGUCUCGGCGGUCAUGCAUGGUAUUUACGCCGACAACAUUGACGAGAUGAGUGCACAGGCAAUCAUGGGCCCGCUGCGCAAUCUGGAAGAUGGCGGGAUUCUUUUCGGUUUGCUGAUCAAAUCAAUCAUGGGGAAGAAGACAAGAUCGAUGGAUGACUUUCUGGCAGUGGAUGCUGUGUACAAAACGCCCGAGACGAUGCAGCGCUUGGAUGAGAUCAACCGUGUCGUGAAAACGGCGAGCACAUUUACAUUCAAGCGAGGGACGCAGCAGCUUGUCGAGGGGUUGACCCGUGCCCUUCGGGCUUCGGAGAAGGUUCGUCUCGUAAUGGAUGCGGAUAUCCUGGCGUUGGAUCCGCCAGCAAAUCGGGGCCAUAAAUUGAAGAUCUACACUGGAAUUAGAGGAGAAGAGUCGUUCGACCAUGUCAUUUCCGCCAUCUCCGCGCCGGCCAUGGCGCGCAUUCUGGAUCCACAAGGCCAAGUCAAAAUAGACUGUGACCCCGAAGACGAAUACAGGGCGCUGUGGAAUUCAAAAAAGGCCAGACAUCCUAAGCCGAACAUCGGCACAGUUUCUGGGCUCCAUUUUUUCCGCCACGCCACCACCGUCAUGGUGGUUAACCUUUACUAUAAAACCCCGAAUCUCCUCCCCGUGGAUGGAUUUGGCUAUCUCAUCCCUCGCUCCAUCCCGUACGAGCAGAACCCCGAAUGUGGUCUGGGCGUCAUCUUCGCCUCGGCCUCGAGUUCGGGCGAAAGCCCCGUGGCGCCCUAUCCGAAGGUGUCGCAGGAUUCAGCGCCAGGCACCAAAAUCACCAUCAUGUUUGGUGGUCAUUACUGGGACGGAUGGAAGAAACAGGACUAUCCAGACCACAAGACUGCGGUUCGUAUGGCCAAGGACAUGCUUGAGAGACAUCUGGGGAUCACAGAGCCACCGGCUCUGGUGCGAACCCGCCUGCAAGAAAACGCCAUUCCAAAGUACAAGCCGCCUCAUAUUCAUCAGAUCUAUGCAUUAUCUCGGUGGGCAAAGGAGGAAUAUCACAAUCGGCUGGUCCUGGUGGGUAAUUCCUUCAGCGGCGUGGGCGUGGGAGACUGCGUGAGACAGGGAAUUAUGGCGGCCACCCACGGUGUCGGUCGUCAUAAGCUCACGGCAACUCCCAGAUUAGAAUCCAAAGACUGGUGUCCCUGGAAGGAAUAUAAUUACCAGCACUGGGAUUUAAAGGGGGGUGUUCCUACGGCACCGGUGCGAUUGUUCGAGUCGGAUAUAUGA